ACUUCUGCAAAAAAACUACAAAGGAGUUAUUGAUGCUAAGGUCCCAGCCAAGAUCAACUCCAGGCGAAAUCCUAACGAUAAUGAACAUUAUUACUCAGCCCGAGUGAAAUAUGCCCUGGAGGCAUGUAGCAGAACAUCGCCAUCAUCGCUGAUGAUUUCUGUUGACAACAAGAACAAAUUACGCAUUAGUUCAGCCACAACAGCAGUAGACAGGAGAUGUACCAUUACACAUAUCUUUCCCUCCAAUGACACACCCAAUUACUGGGAUCAUGACUUUCCGAACCCUGGAUAUCUAAUUACGCCAGCUGGAUAUCUCAUGAUGUCUCCCCCAGACCCUCCUCAGAUGACCCAUGACAAAAAUGGCCGAAAAGCUUACAGCCUGCCUACUCAGAGUGGGAUCAAGGUGAUAAACCUAGGACCACACUCCAAGACCAGUAUUGCGAGCCAUGCAAGCGACUCGUUCCCCCUAAUCCAGGAAAGCAAGAAGACUUGCAUAACCAUCUUGGCCGACAGGGGGUCAGACUUCAAUGUCAAUCAUUUGAUGAACGAACUAUUCCGCGAUCUUCACCUUGAUGUUCUGCUGGCCACUACCCAUUGCCCAGGGUUUUCAGCCCGUAACCCCAUUGAGCACGUUUGGUCCGUACUGACAAGGGCAUCUGUUUCUAUUUAUCUUUUGGACCACCUCCCUGGUAAGUCCAAUCCAGCCAAAGAGCCAGAUGGAAACAUCAGACGAGAGAAGGAAAGGGAGGCCUUCGAUUCAGCCCUUUAAAAGUUAGACAGAUACUGGAGCAAGCUCUACUACGACGGGCUAAAGAUUGAUGUUGGCCAUAAGAAGUCGGAUGAUGAGGAUCAUCCAUACACCACAGCUGAUUAUGAACACUCCCAUUAAGUACUGACAGGGUCCUAUAGGAAUCUCCAGCAAGAAGAGGAUAUGUGUGAAGAAGUCCGUUUCUUCAAACGUCAUGUAGAUCGGCGGGUUGGUAUGGUAAUUUUUGUGAAAUGCCUCCCACCAGAUCAGUGUAGCUAUUGUGUGAGACAUUCAAUCAUCAAUGAAGAGGCUGUCAAACUUCACAGGAAGUUCCCUUCUACCAUCCCUUCAAGUACCCAUUCCGGACACUUUGCUUCAUUCCUGGAGGUACUCGAAUGUAAUAAUACCGGUGCACCAGAUGAAGACAUGCCCUACAUCUCCAGUAAGCAGCUAGGGAGAUGUCAGUACUGCAAGUGUAUGUUCACUUCUAAGACAGACCAAAAAACACAU